UUGAUGUUGGGAGUCCUCGCCUUGUCUUGAGCUCAAAUGCACUAUUUGUUGCUGCCUGGCUGCAUUACAUUCAACGUGCAGGGCCGCUCCACAGCAGAGCAACUUUUGUUGAGUUUUAUACUUUGGCCGUAUCUGAGUGCAACAAACUUGGGAGGUUUAGGUUAAUAGAAAGUUUCGGGUUUUUUGUAAGGAGCGCACCGCUGAUUAGGCUAGGACAAUAUUUUGUUAUUUUCAAAGCAACAUGCCUCAGCUCAGCAGCGGCGGAGGAGAUGAUCUCGGAGCGAACGAUGAAAUGAUAUCCUUUAAGGAUGAAGGCGAUCAAGAUGAGAAAAUUCAAGAAAACGCUUUCACAGAAAGGGACUUAGCUGACCUCAAGUCGUCUCUGGUGAAUGAAUCCGAGACGAAUCAAAGUCCGAACGCAGCGGCGGUCAGACGGGGACAGCAAAACGAACACAGAGGUUAUCAAGAGAAACACCGGGAGCAUCUAGACGGCGUUUCCAAACAUCAAGAUGGAGGGAUGUAUAAAACAGCGUAUCCGGGGUACCCGUUUCUCAUGCUGCCUGACCCAUACAUCCCCAACGGAUCAAUGUCCCCAUCUUCCAACAAAGUUUCGGUGGUCCAGCAGUCUCACGGGAUGCACCCCCUGACGUCCCUGUUGCCGUACAGCAAUGACCACUUCAACCCCAGCCCCCCUCACCUGCCCACAGACAUGAGCCAGAAAGGCGUUCACAGGCCCCAGUCCCAGGACAUCUCAGGCUUCUACUCCCUACCUCAGGGCGGUGUGGGACAGAUGCCCCCCUCCAUGGGCUGGCAAAGUCAGCCUGUCUAUCCCCUGUCCUCAUGUGGAUUCAGACAGCACUACUCCUCCAGUCUCCCCAACAGCUCUUCCUACCCCAGGUUCUCUCACUCUCUGAUGCUAGGGCCAGGCAUGCACUCAACAGGGAUCCCCCAUCCAGCCAUCGUGCCACCUUCAGGCAAACAGGACCAUCAUGACCAUUACGACAGGAACGUGUACGCUAAGCCACACCAGGAGCCCAAGCGGGAGAAGGAGCCUAAGAAGCCAGUGAUCAAGAAGCCUCUGAAUGCUUUCAUGCUGUACAUGAAGGAGAUGAGGGCCAAGGUGAUCGCUGAGUGCACGCUGAAGGAGAGCGCUGCUAUCAACCAGAUACUUGGCAGAAGGUGGCACGCUCUGACCCGGGAGGAACAGGCUAAAUACUAUGAGCUGGCCAGGAAGGAGCGGCAGCUACACAUGCAGCUCUACCCCAGCUGGUCCGCCAGAGACAACUACGGCAAGAAGAAGAGAAGAAAAAGAGAGAAGCAGCAGGACUCUACCACAGACCCUGGCUCUCCUAAGAAAUGCAGAGCUCGCUUCGGCCUCAACCAACAAACGGACUGGUGUGGUCCCUGCAGGAGGAAAAAGAAGUGCAUUCGAUACCUUCAAGGAGGAUGGUGCGCCAGCCCCACUUCUUCCGAUGGAAGCGCUAUAGACUCGCCCCCCUCUCCCGUCGACGGCGUCCCCCUCAGCACCCCUCCCUGCCCAGCUCGCCCUCGCCUGCUUCCCCCUCACACAUCCCUCUGCACCCCCAGCCCAGCAAACAACACACACCCCAUAUCCUCUCCAAACCCAAGACCACAGAACUCUCUCUCAAAGCUUUAAUAGAAUCAUCCCAACAGCACGACAAUCUCAAUCAUCAUCAUCAUGACUGUACCCUGCCCAAGUCUCACUAGCCAGCCUCACCUGUCCUGUCCCCUCACACUUCCUCGCACCAUCCCAACACCCCGCCAGAUAGACAGACAAAGCCCAACGUCAACCGGAAUAAACAAGGAGUGGGGAGCAAAACGCUGGAGAAAAGACCUUCACCACAAACAUCCAAAAACAAUGACAGAGCUCGUUGUGUCUGGGAGAGGAUGCCAUUCACAUCAAUAUGACUAACUGACUUCUGACUGAUUUACUCAGUGCUCAUGUCAUUUUAAUAUUGCCGGGAUGAUAACUGCUUCUCUUCCUCACUGCCUAAAAUCGAAUUGAUUCCAUUUCCAAAGAUUUUUACAGAGGAGUAUGGUACUCCUCCUUUUCAUAAGACUUUCACACGUGUCAAAGGAACCUUUUCCAGAAUAGAUAGUAUUUAUAUUGAUUAAUGAUGUCGUAUAAGGUUGAAGCUUCAAGGUAGUGACAGUGUUUUUCACUGUGUCGACAUGUUCGUCUCCCCUCGGAGAGACUCAUCUCUAUGUUAUGUUCAUUUGUUUUAGGCACUUCCUGCUUGUCAGUCAAAUUCUUGCUCGAUACAUUAUUUUGAUGUAGUUCCCCUCACAGAGAAUUAAAACAUCAUUGGUGUUUGUUCAUAAGAAUGCAGUUUGGGAGAUUAAUUUGUUUCCUGGUGUCAAAAAGCCUCCAUUAUAUAAAAAAAAAUGAAAUUCGGCAGUCCUAAACUGCCUCUGUCUGACUGAACAUUCUAUAAUCCGGGGUUUCUAAAACUAUGGGUCAGGACCCAAAGUGAGACUCUGGGAUGUUAGAGGUGGGUCGCAAUUUAUGAGAAUACAUCUACAUUCAUACACUAUUUCUUAAUUUGGCUCAAUGGAGGACGAUUUGAGUCUCAAGAGGACUGUUAAUUUCUCAUUUGGGUCUCGAGCUGAAAAAGAUUAAAGAACCCUGCUGUAAACUAAAGAGCAAAUGAGUACUAUAUUUCAUUGUGUUGUAAAGCUGUUGAAUUCGCUACAUAAGAUGUUUGGUUAUGUAAAAGAAUGAACUUUUUUUUCUCCCAAAGUUGUUUCUUCAGUCUCUAAUUUCAGUUUUCCACUAAAAGCAAUAUUUAAUUUAUUUUACACCCGUCUUCUCAAGAGAAAAACACAUUUUGUGCAGAAGUUUUGCAUUAGCUUUUCCUUUCAUUGAAGUUAUCAGAGCUGUGUCAAUCCUUUUCAGUGUGUUCAUGUUCCACCUAAGUGUACCAAAAAUAUAUGUGAAAAACAAUGGCUUUAAUUUACUGCUUGCAAGUGUCAAACCCUGCUUACUUUGGAGAUACUGUAGGCGGUGUACAGCAAGGCUUUUCUGUUUGUUCAAUCAAUGUCUAGUCCAUCAGAGGGUGCUCUAAUAACACACAUCUUAGAUUUGGGGACUGCUCGUAUCAAAACGACCACACAUAAAAAAGGUGUACUGAUGUCUGUCUUUUCAAAAAAAAUAUGUUACACAUUGAAAGACUUCUGCCUUUGAUGUGCUCAUUUUUGUUCGAUGUAUUAAAGUAUUUUGAAAUUCUG